CCCAGCGGGAGGCGGGAUCGCUACAGCCUACUUGCCAUGAACUCCGGACGCCAACGCCGGACACCCUUUAGCAUCGCAGACAUCCUAGGCCCAAGCAUGGUCCCCGGAGCAGCUUUUGCGCCGCAGCUUCCCGAGGCGGGCCCUGAUCCCGCGUCGCCACUGUGCGCCCUGGAGGAGCUAGCUAGUAAAACUUUCCUGGGCCACGACCCGCGCGCUCCGCAGCCUCCUGAAGCAGGCAGAGCGGCCCAGGAGGCGCCACCAGGUCCUGGAGCUGGUGUCCAGAGGCGCCGCAAGUCGCGAACCGCGUUCACUGCCCAGCAGGUGCUGGAGCUGGAGCGGCGGUUCGGCUUCCAGAAGUACUUGGCGCCGUCGGAGCGCGACGGCCUGGCCGCGCGCCUUGGCCUGGCCAACGCGCAGGUGGUCACUUGGUUCCAGAACCGUCGCGCCAAGCUCAAGAGGGACGUGGAGGAGAUGCGCGCGGACGUGGCCUCCCUGUGCGCGUUGUCCCGGGGGGUCCUGAGCCACCUAGCACAGCCCGACGGCGCUCCAAGCCCCGAGCCGGGCCCCUCCCGGCCCGAUUCUGAGCCCCACUUGUCAGAGGAAGAGAUACAGGUGGACGAUUGAAAGCAAAGCCGCUGCUAGCCCCGGACUCCUUCCUCCGCUGGGGACCCGGCCCGGCUCCCGGGGGGAGGGGAGAGCCGCUGAGCCCUGUGUCUUCCUCGGAUUCCUGCUUUUCUUACUGGUUGAAUAAAGCCACCUCUCUGCUGCAAGGUGCCUCGGUCCCGACCGCCUGCAGGCGACCACGGCUCCUCGCUGGUUGGUAAA